AUGGAGCGAUUGCUCACGAUUCUGACUCUGGUGACGACGAUUGCGCUCGAAUUGACUCUCACUGCUGUCCCGUGCGCCGCCGCCAUCGCCGCCGUCGAGCCGACGACGACGCCGACGCCGACCAGAUGGAAAGUGAGCUCGUACGUGAUGCGCUCGAUCCAAGCGCAGCGCAAUUCGGAUCCUCAUGCUUCUAGCGCUGCGCUCGUGAAUCGGCAUCCGCGCAAGCACGCGCUGCACUUCGGGUGCUUCGGCGCGCCGGGCGCGUGCGAUGGCGCGCCGGGGCUGAGCGCGAGCACCAACGCCUCCACUUGCUGCAACGGCUUCUGCAAGGACGUGCAGUUCGACUCGUUCAACUGCGGCGGCUGCAACCGCGGCUGCUUCUUCGGCGCCUCCUGCUGCUCCUCGACCUGCGUCGACCUGCUGAGCGACCGCCUCAACUGCGGCCGCUGCGGCGUCACCUGCUCCGCCGGCCCCUGCACCUUCGGCCUCUGCAACUACGGUUGA